AUGACGACGAUGACGUCACCGUGUCUACUGCUGCGUCUACUGCUGACGCUAGUGACGACGUAUGCCGUCUUACAGCCAACCGUCGGCGGCGGCGGAGCGCGGAGACGCGAGCGACGGCCGACCGAAUUUACGGUGACAGCGCCGCUAGCUGCCGACGAUGACGUCAGCGCUGCGUCAAACAAUGCGUCACACAGUAUUAGCGCCGAUAAAGCGACGUCGGCUGCCGAGGCGACGACGCCGCCUGAUAUAGGCAGCCUGAAGGGAGUGCAGCUGGGAUGCGACCAGCAGCUGCGAUCUAAGCGCUACAUCUCCGACGGUUAUUGCACGUCUCUGAAGCCCAUCACAGAGGUGGUGUGUGCGGGCCGCUGCCUGCCCGUGCGAACACUACCCUGGUACGCCAGCCUCUAUAAGGUGUGGGCGAAGACCAAGACGAAGGAGUGGCGGUGUGUGGAGAACAGGGUACGCCGUCAGCGCGUCAGUCUCAUGUGUCAGAACGGAGAGCAGCGCACCUAUCAGAUAAAGGUCGUGAAGAGUUGUAAGUGUAAGCGCUACAACAAGCGACACAACCAGUCGCGCGCAGCCUGGAGGAAGCGACAGAGUCGGCGUGCCAGGAAGAGACGGCGGCGUGCAUGCAACGCUAGCGUCACGACGCUGACGCAUGAACUCUACGUGAGACGCUGCCGCGGGGCGGGACUGACGCAAUGCUGCGACGAACCUAUAAUGAGAGAUAGCCUCGCUGUCCGCCAGGGGGCGCUCAUGUAA